AUGGCGACAGGGCCGAGGGGAAACAGUAGCCCGCCGCUGCCAGUGUUGAAUGAGACCUCCAAAAAAAAAUGCACUCACAGCAGCGAGACACCAAAAGGGGAAGAAGAUGAAGGAAGAUAGAUACAUCGAGCGUAGUCCCCCCACCCUUCCCUCUCUCUCUCUCUCUCUCUUCUCUCUCUAAAUCUGGCCAAGGGUGGGAGGGGUCAGCAGAAGAAGCCGUAACAGCCGUCGUCGAAGUUGAGGGCGUAGCUCAGGGGGUCGUAGCGGAAGCUGAAGCGCUGCCGCUUCCUGGUUCGGUCCUUGCUCACCUGCCGCCUCAUCUCCGCUCGCACCCGCCAGAAGAGGCUGCGCAAUCUCCUCUGCCCCUCCUCCAACAGCGCCCCCGCCCCGCAGCCGGCCAACUCCACUACCGCCACCACCACCAUAGCCGCCGCCGCCAGAAGAUCUCUUGCUCUCAACUCCUGCCCCCCCCCCUCCCCCGGCAGCAAGCAAGCCACGGCUCCAAGCGCCGCGGAGCCGCUAGUACGAAGAGACGCCGAAAAGGAAGGAAGGAAGGAAGGAAAGGCCGGCCGGACGGCGGGACCAGUUGGUAGGUUCUACGGGCUCACUGAGUGCGAGCUUGAGUAUGGUUGUUAUAUAGAGGCCGUGGAAAUGACAGAGAAGAAGAUGCUCUCUCUCUCUCUCUCUCUCUCUCUCUCUAUCCAGCUGCUAGUUGCUUAGUCACGCCCGGUCACUGGUUCUCAUCACCAAUCACUCAGGCAAUUCGGUGUGAGCUUGCACCCUGUACGAGGUGGAGAAACCGGCCGAACCCUCUUGGCCGAGAGCCGGUCCGACCGGCGGGCUCCGGUCCACCGGGGAGCCCACACCGUUAACUCGACUGGAGAGAAUUAA